CUGCCAAGAGGCUGCGUUGGACAGCGGGGUCGCCAAGGGGACCCUGCAGCCAGGGGAAGGGUGACAAUCCCUCCCCCAGCGGGACGGAGGCGGCCGUGGGAGCCCCUCGGUGGCAGGAUGGGCGCUGGGAGGGGAGCAGAUCCAUGAAGAUCCUCAGAGCUGGGGCUCAGCAGCGAAGCUGCCCCGGCUGAGGCGGAUCCAGGAGCGGGAUCGUGGCCGGGAGAGCCCCGCCAGGGCCGGGCAGUGCCGUGGGCUCCCGCAGGACCUGGAUGCUGGAGGAUGACGCCGUGUGGGGUUGGUGGCCGGGCGGUGCUGGCACUGAUGACCCUGUCCCUCAGCUUCGCCACCGAGGAGCUGCUGUGUGCCUGCGAUGUGCCCCACUGCAGCCAGCCCAACUGCACGGGCAAGGUGUGCUUCGUCAGCAAGAGGAGGGAGGAGGGCACCAUCACCCAGCACCGCGGCUGCUUCUCCCAGAACAUUCUGGAGCACUGCCACGCGUCCGUCACGGAGCAGUACGGCAUGAGGUGCUGCAACUUCCACAUGUGCAACGCCCAGCUGGAGAUCUUCCUGCAAGGAGAAGAUGCCCCGGUAGAGACACCUUCCCUACCCAGCCUCCUCCUGAUGAUCUUCGUGCCACUGCUCUCCCUCCUCAUCCUCGCGGCGCUCACGGCACUCUUCUGCUGGAAGGUGGCCCAGCACCGCCACAAGCACAGUGACUUUGGUGACACAGACCUCAUGCUGAAGGCAUCCAUGAUGGGAGACAGCACCUUAGAGGACCUGCUGAACGAUGACUGCACCACGGGCAGUGGUUCAGGGCUGCCUUUCCUUGUCCAGAGGACGGUGGCUCGGCAGAUCACCCUCAUGGAGUGCGUGGGUAAAGGGCGCUACGGCGAGGUGUGGCGAGGCGUGUGGCACGGGGAGAGCGUGGCCGUGAAGAUCUUCUCGUCCCGGGACGAGCAGUCGUGGUUCCGUGAGACAGAGAUCUACAACACCGUCCUCCUCCGGCACGACAACAUCCUGGGUUUCAUCGCCUCUGACAUGACGUCCAGGAACUCCAGCACGCAGCUCUGGCUCAUCACCCACUACCACGAGAACGGCUCCCUCUACGACUACCUGCAGAGGACAGUCCUGGAUGUGGACACCUGCCUGGGCUUGGCCUCCUCCAUCAUCUGUGGCCUCGUCCACCUCCACGUGGAGAUUUUUGGCACGCAAGGCAAACCUGCCAUCGCCCACCGUGACCUGAAAAGCAGGAACAUCCUGGUGAAAAGCAACCGGCAGUGCUGCAUCGCAGACCUGGGGCUGGCCGUCAUGCACUCCCAGGGCAGCGACUACCUGGACAUUGGCAACAACCCCCGGGUGGGCACCAAGCGCUACAUGGCCCCGGAGGUGCUGAGCGAGCAGAUCCGCACCGACUGCUUCGAGUCCUACAAGAAGACAGACAUCUGGGCGUACGGGCUGGUGCUCUGGGAGAUCACCCGGCGCACGGUGGUGAACGGCGUCGUGGAGGAGUACCGGCCGCCCUUCUUCGACGCCGUGCCCAGCGACCCCAGCUUCGAGGACAUGAAGAAGGUGGUGUGUGUGGACCAGCAGACCCCCGUGAUCCCCAACCGCCUCUUCUCCGACUCGGUUCUGUCGGCGCUGGCGAAGGUCAUGAAGGAGUGCUGGUACCAGAACCCCUCGGCCCGUCUCACCGCCCUGCGCAUUAAAAAGACCUUGAAGAAGCUGAGCAACUCCGUCGAGAAGCCAAAACUGGAGCAGUGAGUGCCGGGAACCGGACACCGGAGCCACUGACGGCUGCACCGGGGACGGGAUGGCUCCGGUCACGGAGGGGAUUUGCUCACAGCUCCUGCCUCUCCCACUCCUCCUUCGAGCCGGUUGAAUUUGCAAGCACGAAAAAAAUAGGGGAGAAAAAAAACCAAAACAA